CAGCCCUCUCGAGACCGGGUCCCUCGCUUGCCCCACGCCAGUCGAGCGCUGUCUGGCGGGGAGAGCGGUCACGUACGCCCGCGUGCACUCUCGCUGGCAACUGUUGCCGAGAUUUGGUAUGGUUUCCAUUCUAGCGAAGUGAAAAGCGACCUUCGAUUGCCGAGAAGGAAGAUAUCAGCCUUUCCUUUCUCUGCGUGAGUCUUCCUCCUCUCUGCUCUGGAACGGCUUCACUGCUCGCCACGUCGCUGCAACAUGGUCCUUGUUGAAGGCCCUUUUGGGGUGCCGCCUUUAGGGAGUAGCGCUGUCGCCCUGGGCCCCGCGAGCGACUGGGAGCAGGAGCAGGAGCGGGAGCAGGUGGCGAGGACCCAAUUCAUCGCGUAUGGCGUGGUCGCGCCCAUCACGGUCGCCGUGGGCAUCGUCGGCAAUCUCCUCACCAUCGCCCUCCUUCGCCAGCCGCAGUUCAGAGGGGUGACAUUCACCUACUUCCUAGUGCUUGCUCUGAGUGACCUGCUCUCCCUCUGCAUGGUCGUGUCCAUGAUAGUGAAUUACCAGCAAGAGGAGACGCGUUUCUUCUCCACGGCCGUGUGGUACGCGCACUUCGCGCUGUUUAUGAUCAACGUGCCCAUGAGCGUCUCCGUGCUGGUCGUGGUGUGCAUCACAGUGGACCGCUUCUACUCGGUGUGUCGCCCCACGCACUUCGCGGCCAUUCACACGGAACGCUGUGCUAGGCUAGCCAUCGCAGGCUCAGUUGCCUUUGCAGUCCUGGUGUGGCUGCCCAUGUGCUUCCUCAUGCACCCGGUGGAGUGCGUCGAGCCUUCGUGCAGUCCCCCCGAUAACCGGACGUGGUGGGCGGUGCGCUUCAACUCAGAGCUUUUCCCCGAGGACUGGUAUCGCCCAUACGCGUGGGUGAGGCAGGUCUUGCUUUCCUUCAUACCCAUCAUCCUUCUGGUCGUCCUCAACGCCCUCACCUUGAGAGGCUUUCUGCGGCUGCGGACCAGGAGGAACGAGAUGGCCAGGAGCUCCGCAAGCGGCAGCCUGCAGCUCACAGUCUCGCCCAAUGCGGAGGGAAGGCACCGCAAGGAGCAGCACAUCAUCCCGCUGCUGGUGGCCGUCAUGAUCACAUUCAGCGCGACCAUGCUGCCCUCGGGGAUAGUCGACGCAAUGCAUACGGACGACCCUGAGGAUGAGGCGACGUACGAGGUCUUCAGAGCCGUGGGAAAUAAUCUCGAAAUCCUCAGCCAUGCACUCAAUUUCUACAUGUAUAUCCUGUGCAGUAGGACCGUCAGAGUGGCGCUGAAGAACAUCUGUCGGCGCCGCCGGCAGGUCUCCCUCGCCAGAGCCUCCGUGUCAAGGGUGUUGAUUGCGGUCCAACAACUGGCCAAGAGUCACGGGAGAGGAAAGACGUCCUCCACCGAGCCCACAGGUACCGUAGGAUUUGCUGACACCGAAGAGGGGAGGCGGCGAGAGAAUGAGACUCCUCAGGCUGUUGCUGCAGAGACAGCGUCAGAGAGAAACCUGGCACGGACAGUGUGAUUAUGGGAGGACAUCUUUCAGUAGGAAGAACAUCGCAAGCAGUGAGGUAGAUCGUACGGAGCGCUUCGCAGGCAUCAGAGCCGCCCUAGGAGUUCACAUCCCCUCAGACAAUGGAGCCGGAUCCCCAUGCUUAUGACGCAGAGGGAGUGAAGGCAGGAAACAGAUCCUCCUUGAUCCUUGGCUAGGACGCCCUCGAGCGCCACAGUGGCAGCUUUCCUCGUUUCCAAACUAAUCCCGGGAAUUCGUCUUGGUGAACGCUGGCAACGUCUGUCUCCUUUCUAUUUAAAGCGGUCAACGUGAACAGGUAGCAGUGCGAGAAACAGUGAUACAGAUACAUAGGCACACAUGGGUGUAUGUGCAUAACUGACUAUAUGUACACUAUCAUGCUGCUUUAAUGUAAAAUAU